AUGAGUACAAACUCGCCCUAUACCUCGGGAAACCGCGAGAUCCGAAGGCCCACCGCCAAAAGGUCGCCUUCUAUCUUGGUCACAGACUCCAGAACAAAUGGCAUAAAGGGAACGAGAGCUCCGUUUGCCGGGCAUAAUUAUAAGAAACAACUCCAACAACAAGGUCAACCUUUGAGUUCAGGCCCGCUACACAAACGACUAGUGAACCGUGUUAACAAAUACACCGAUAUUUCCGUCGAUAAGCUUCUUAGCAAUUCUAGUGAUAUACCAUCAGGGCAGAGCAGACUACCACCUCAGCUAGCGAGUCAUCCUUCAUCUCCUCAACAUAGACCAAUGUCUCCUCCUGUAGAAGGCUACAGUCGAAAUCCCAUCCGUAGCAUUCCCAAACUUUCCCAGUCACUUCCUUCCAGAACUUCCAAGACUUCCCAAAAACUUGUACUCAUUCCUGAGCAACAGCGUUACACUUCACCUCCACCACCCAUGGCACUUCUGUCCCAAAUAUCACCCGAACUCCAGACCCAGAUCCAAAGAUCGCGAGCAGAAUUGAUGUCCAAGGAGGAUCGGCAACACGAAUUCAAUCGAAUGACGGCGUACUAUAUAUGCGAACAGUUUAACAUUGAGGCCGUGUCCAAAUUUUUGGCGCAAAAUCACGAGGUGAAGCCCCGACUCUACGACGAGUCUCUUUUCGUGCCGUACCUGUUGCCGUUGUUGCCGGGAAACGAUGGCUUCAGGGUUAAAUCGAACAAUUCUGCAAAACUUGAACGCAAGAACCAAUUCAUGGAGAAAAUGAUCAACAAGAAUGAACAGGCGGAUCAUUUAUACGAGUACUACUCUGGAGUAGAGACCCCCGAGGAUGUUCAAAACUACUCAAUGGAUCCAGAAACGGAAAAUUUCGACAAUACUCCCUUCGAUCCAUCUGAGCCUCAAUUCUUUGCACCACCAGUAGACGAAACUACGAGUGAUACUGAUAGUGGUGGCAGCAUUCCAGCCCCAAAUAAAAGCAUGUCCGAUCAACCCAGCGGGACGGACAGUCGAAUCAACGCUCAGAUUGAGCUCUCUAAACAUCAUGGAGAGAUGUUCAUUUUCAGCUAUGGAAUCGUUGUUUUUUGGAACUUUUCAGAGAUCCACGAAAAAAACAUUCUAGCUGACCUUGCAUUUGCUACAGACCUGCCAGACACACUCCUCAUCAACCCCAUUGACGAACAGGACAUUGAAACGGAAGAAUUUCAUUUUGAAUACGAUAGUCUGAUUCAUCGUCCUAGAAUCUACAAUGACAUGAUUACACUUCGGUCGGGAGACCAUCUCAUUAAAUUAACCAUGUCUCAUGCAAUUGCGCAGCUGACCAAGCUAUGUCUAUUCGAGAGUCGUAUUGUUCAUAUCUUACAACUGAUCUCCAAACUUCCCCGGAAACUUGCAUUAACUGGCCGUCUUGGUCUCAAAAGAUCACAAUUACUCAAAAAAUCAGGAAAACUUUUCAAACUUCGUGUGGAUGUCAAUCUCUCGAGCUCCAUUCUCGACACUCCACAAUUCUUCUGGUCGUCAGAACCAGCACUUCAUCCACUUUACAGUGGAGUUCGUGAGUACUUGGAAAUUGAACAAAGAGUGCAAGUAAUCAAUGAUCGUUGCAAAGUAUUCUUGGAGUUUCUGGACAUCAUAAGUGACAGUAUGAACGAAAGCAACACAACCCGAAUAACAUGGAUGAUUCUUCUCAUCAUCCUCUUAAGUCUUUCAGUCAGCGUAUUGGAGUUUGUACUAGGCAUCGUAUAG